AUGAGCCUUGCUCCACCUGAUUCGGAUCCUGAGCUGCUCGAUUUGACCAUUCGCUUCUCUGCCUCUCUUCCAGAUCUACUGCUCUCCGUUCCCGAGCCUAGUAUUUCUACAACUUCAGCUCUGAAGCAGCUCAUCCGCACACAUCUGCCCGCAGACCUUUCGAAACGGCGCAUCCGUCUAAUUUAUGCUGGCAAAUCCCUCGCCGAUGCCGCCUCGCUCUCGUCCUCACUUAGGCUUCCCUCCUCACGAACCCCUUCUCGUCCCUCCACUCCGCUCCCGGACCAUGCCACCUUCUCCACGUCCGCAAAAGGCAAAGCCCCAGUCCGCGAUCCGCCCUCCCUCUCCCGAAUCUACAUCCACUGCUCCAUCGGCGACGUACCACUCUCUGCUCAAGAUCUCGCCGAAGAAGCCCGCCUAGCCACCAAACACAAUCUGUCUACCGCAAAACACAUAAAGUCCCCCACAGACUCUGCAACACCCAUCAACGAUGCUGCUACCAAUACCGUCCCCCGCCCCCGCGGUUUCGACCGCCUCCUCAACGCCGGCUUCACCCUCCCAGAGAUCCAAUCCUUGCGCAGCCAGUUCCUCGCCAUACAAGCCCACACCCAUACUUCAGCCGAGAUGCCAUCACCCACCACGCUCCGAGAGCUCGAAGACCAGUGGCUUGACAACUCAAAUGAAGCUAGUGCAGCAGCCGCAGGUGGAGGAGGGUUCGUGGAUGACGAGGGCCAGGCGGGCGCGCUGGAUGAUAUGCUGUGGGGGGCUGUGAUGGGGUUCUUUUGGCCAUUAGGGUGUCUGUCUUGGCUUUGUAGGGAGGAAGGGGUGUGGAGCCGGAGGAGGAAGGUUGCGGUUGUGAUUGGAGUAGUUGUUAAUGCUGGGUUCGGGGGAAUUAGGUGGUUGAAAUAA